GUCUGAGGGUAACUGUAUUACUAACAUCAUCCCUCAUGGUAUUGGGAGCUGGCCUGAGAUGUGUUCCAGUUUCGGACCUAGAAAUUAGGAAGAAGCUGAUUCACGGAGGGCAGCUGUUAAACGGCUUGGCGGGGCCAACUGUGAUGAACGCAGCACCAUUUCUUUCCACGACGUGGUUUUCUCCGGAUGAACGUGCCACAGCAACAGCCAUCGCGUCACUGCUCAGUUACCUGGGUGCUGCUGGCGCGUUUCUAGUGGGACCCCUCGUAGUGCCAUCUCCUAAUGGAACAUCUCAGCUCCUGCUGGUAUCACAGAGCAACACUGAGCACAUCAAGGACCGCAUUGAGGCUGUGCUGUAUGCAGAAUUUGGAAUGGUUUCACUGAUAUUUUCUGCAGCAUUGGCCUAUUUCCCCUCACGCCCUCCAUUCCCUCCCAGCGUGGCUGCAGCGAGUCAGCGGCUCAGCUACAGGAGAAGUUUUUGCAGACUCUUAAG